GCGGGAGCAGGGAGAGCACCUCCGGCCGCGCCGGCCGGAGCACCUGGACACCUGGCCCCGCUCGGAUCUGCCUGUACCCGCUGGAGGAGCAGUGGGGUGGGUGGGGUGAGCUGUGCCCCCCAGGGCCAGCACAGACACUGACCUAGCCCAACCUCCGUUUUUCUUUUUUUUUUUUUUUUUUUUUUUUUCUUUUUUUUUUCCCCCCCUAUUUUUUUCCAUUAUUUUAUUUUACCAGCUCAAAUUUAGCCCAGGAUCUUUUAACUGCUGCCAGCGGUGGAGCACAGAUCGGGAUUAGAUAUUUUCCUCCUCUAUUCGGAAGAUCCUCCUCCUGAGCGGCCACCAUGGGAAGUAAAACCCUGCCGGCGCCAGUGCCCAUCCAUCCUUCCCUGCAGCUCACCAACUACUCCUUCCUGCAAGCAUUCAACGGGCUGCCCGCCGUGCCCUCCGACCACCUCUCCAACCUCUACGGCUUCAGUGCCCUGCACGCCGUGCACCUGCACCAGUGGACUCUGGGCUACCCGGCCAUGCAUCUGCCCCGCUCCUCCUUCUCCAAAGUGCCCGGCGUCUCCAGCCUGGUGGAUGCACGGUUCCAGCUGCCCACCUUCCCGCUCUUCCCACAUGUCAUCCAGCCCAAGCAAGAGGCUGCCAACAUGACCCUCAAAGCCAAACCCCGCUUUGACUUUGCCAACUUAGCCGUGGCUGCCACGCAAGAGGACCACUCUAAACUGGGACAGGCAGACAGUCAGGGCUCACCAGCAGGGCUGGGGUCUUUGCUUGAGGUGACUAAACUCUCUCCAGAAAAGAAACCCACGCGGGGAAGGUUACCGUCCAAAACCAAGAAGGAGUUUGUGUGUAAAUUCUGUGGCAGGCACUUCACCAAGUCCUACAACCUUUUGAUCCAUGAAAGAACCCACACCGACGAACGGCCCUACACAUGUGAUAUUUGUCACAAGGCUUUCAGAAGACAGGAUCACCUGAGGGAUCACAGAUAUAUCCAUUCUAAAGAAAAGCCUUUUAAGUGUCAAGAAUGCGGGAAAGGAUUUUGCCAGUCCAGAACACUAGCGGUCCACAAGACACUGCACACGCAAGUAAAGGAACUGAAACCUGCCAAACUUAAGUGUUGAAUCUCCAUCUUCUAUGAACUUUUCCUCCCCUUCAGACUUUACACCAAAACUAGAGCAGAAACAAAACUUUCAGGAUGGGAGCACUGGACUUUGUGCUUUGCUUUUGUUUCUACUUUAAAAAGGGCAAAAUCUGCGCCCCUUCAAUUCCCUGUCCAAGCAGUUAACUUCCUAAGUCGUGGGUGAAAAGAUUAUUUUGAGUUUAAAAUAUACGUGAAUGAUACAGAGAGUGCUAGCUAACUUGUGUGGCUUUGAUAAACUUUAUGCCAAAAGGUGGUGCUCACGUGUUGGACAGGAAUCUCUUUAAAACCAAACAAAACCCCACAAGACACCCCCGACCAACCCUGUCCCCACCCAAAAAAAAACCCAAAA